UUCUACAUAUCUAAAAUCAAUUACUUCUUUUCUAAGUUAUAAGAAAACGAUGAUUAUUUCUUUUAUUUCCGAAAGUGUGGAAGAUUGAGGAAUUUCUGUGACAAAUUCUGAAUUUUAUCCUUAUUAUUGAGAAUUUAUGUUAAAAAUUGCUGUCCCAUCAUUUCUCACUAUAUCUGAGGUUUCAACAUUUUUUUCAGAAUACUUCAUUAAAUACAUCGUGAAGAGUAAGACGACCACUGAAACAAUGAAUAACAGCAUCAGAUUUCACCAAACCUUUGACUCUUACGGAAGGCCUUUGGCUUCAUCUACAUUUAUCGGGAAUGAAAAGAAGAAACCAUAUAAUGAUAGUAAUGCAAGAAAUAAAUACAUGGAGUAUGAUGCAUUCAGGGAAGGCAAUGUAAAAAAUAAAAUAAGUUUCUGGGAGGAACAUUCUAGGAAGUUCGCAGAAAAACAUGGCUUUGUGGAGGUUCCAAACAAGAAGAUUGUGAAAACAAAAUUCAAACUGGUGAAAUCGGGAAUUUAUUCCUGCUCGGGCCCUCAUCCAGGGUUCCAUUUCAUUAGCAGCGAAACAGUCACAUCGACUGGAUCCUCAGGAUAUAUCACCACAAGCAAUAGAGUCACAUCAAUCUCCACACCAACAAGUGAAUCUGGGAUUGAUUCAAAUGAGGAACAACAUGUUGAUGAAGAUGUUGGGAAGUUUGAUGAAGAAGCCAAAUCUCAAGAAAAUUCUGAUACAGAUAUGGGUAUUUAUACGUCUUACGAAACAGAAAAUGACAUGACUGAAUAUUUUGAGACAGAGGAAUCUGCUGAAUCAACGAAUGAGGUAGAUUGGAAUGAUCCAGUAGACUGCAAAGAGGAAAUUACUCAAAUGACUGCUGAUUUUAUGACGGAUGUUAGUCAAGACGAUCCAACAGAGGUUCGGCCUACACGAAAUCUGUUCCUGCGCAUUCACAGAGCUGCCUCGAUGUACACGAAAGAAAUUGUUUUAUUUUAUGUAUUUUUCAGAAUAGCAGCAAUCAUUCUUUCCUUUCUAUCCUGAUUUUAUCAAUGUCAAGUUAAGAUGUUCCUUCUUCUGCCGUUAUUCAACACUGUAAGGCAUAUAUUUGCUGCUAUUAUAUUAAAUAAUUUUACUUUGUGAUAAUUUAUAGUACAAUCAUGUAGAUGCUUCUAUAUAUUUUUGUGAAAUAAAAUUUAAAAAACA